GCCACGCACGCAGAGCCACGCAGGACCGGCUGCGGGAGCGCCUUCUCCGCGUACUUGUUGAUCGCCUCCAUCGACACGGACAGCUCGGACAGGGACCUGCCGGACGCACGGCUCGCUGUGACGGACGGCCCGUGGGCCGCGCGCGGGGCUGCGAUGCGAAGGCGCGCCGCCGCGCAUGAAGUGAUGAACCUGUGACGUUUCUCCAUUUUAUCUCCAUCCGAGCCGCUCUCACAUCCACAUCCUCGGAGGAGCCUGAGCAACAGGAAGGUCUCAAGGAGGAGGCUGAGGAUGCGUUGAUGUUGCCCCGCGGAAACGGCCACUGGUCCGAGUGGCAAUAAUAAGGCGAAGACCGACUGACUGCCGCUUCUCUCUCUGACCUCAGCGUUCGCUCGUGACGUUUCCACGUUCGAUCAGCAACUGAUUCACGCCCUUUCUUUCCACGAUCAUUCUCACCUUCCGUUUCUGGCAGGAAAAGUCAGCAGAUUAGAAUGAAUGCCUCAACAUGAAGGAGAUCAUCCCCAAAUGUAGAGGCUGAUUCCUGGGACAGUCGCCCACCGCAGGACUGACGGAACUCGGCGGAACUCCGGCCUCGCAGUGUCUCGCAGGGAUCACCGCUCCGUGGGGAUGAACAAGUCGGGCUCGCGCUCCACGUCCUCGCUGCCCCCCGAGCCGGUGGAGAUCAUUCGCAGCAAGUCCUGCUGCCGCCGGGUGAGGCUCAAUGUGGGGGGUCUUCCACACGAGGUCCUGUGGAGGACGCUGGACAGGCUGCCGCGCACGCGGCUCGGCAGGCUGAGGGACUGCAACACCCACAGCGCCCUCAUGGAGAUCUGCGACGACUACAACCUGGAGGAUAACGAGUACUUCUUCGACAGGCACCCAGGGGCCUUCACCUCCAUCCUGAACUUCUACCGCACGGGAAAGCUGCACAUGAUGGAGGAGAUGUGCGCGCUCUCCUUCAGCCAGGAGCUCGACUACUGGGGCAUCGACGAGAUCUACCUGGAGUCGUGCUGCCAGGCGCGCUACCACCAGAAGAAGGAGCAGAUGAACGAGGAGCUCAAGCGGGAGGCGGACAACCUGAAGGAGAGGGAGGGAGAGGAGUUUGACAACACUUGCUGUGCCGAGAAGCGGAAGAAACUGUGGGAUCUUCUAGAGAAGCCCAGCUCCUCUGUGGCUGCCAAGAUCCUGGCCAUCAUAUCCAUCCUGUUUAUCGUGCUGUCAACCAUUGCCUUGUCUUUGAACACACUUCCAGAGCUACAGGAGACUGACGAAUUCGGCCAAACAACAGAUAACCCCAAAUUGGCUCAUGUGGAGGCUGUGUGCAUCGCCUGGUUCACUAUGGAAUACCUACUGCGCUUCCUUUCCUCUCCAAACAAGUGGAAGUUUUUCAAAGGUCCCCUGAACGUCAUUGACUUGCUGGCAAUCCUGCCCUACUAUGUCACCAUCUUCCUGACUGAGUCCAACAAGAGUGUGCUGCAGUUCCAGAACGUGCGGAGAGUGGUGCAGAUUUUCCGCAUCAUGCGCAUUCUGCGUAUCCUCAAGCUGGCGCGGCACUCCACGGGCCUGCAAUCACUGGGAUUCACACUACGCCGCAGCUACAAUGAGUUGGGUCUACUGAUCCUUUUUCUUGCUAUGGGCAUCAUGAUCUUCUCCAGCCUUGUCUUUUUUGCCGAAAAGGAUGAGGAAGACACCAAGUUUAAGAGUAUCCCUGCCUCUUUCUGGUGGGCCACCAUUACCAUGACUACGGUAGGCUAUGGGGAUAUCUACCCAAAGACUCUGUUAGGAAAGAUUGUUGGGGGCUUAUGCUGCAUUGCUGGUGUACUGGUGAUUGCCCUUCCCAUCCCAAUCAUUGUUAACAACUUUUCUGAGUUCUACAAAGAGCAGAAGCGACAGGAAAAGGCUAUUAAGCGUAGAGAGGCUUUAGAAAGGGCCAAAAGAAAUGGUAGCAUUGUGUCCAUGAACAUGAAGGAUGCUUUUGCUCGCAGUGUUGAGCUUAUGGAUGUGGUCAUAGAGAAGGAUGGUGAGAGUAUAGGAAGGAAGGAGAAGCUGCAGGACAACCACCUCUCACCCAACCGCUGGAAGUGGACACCCAAACAUGCAGUUUUAGAGACAAACUCUAACAAGUCUUUCAAUGCAAGUGAGCAUUGUUCCCCAAGUAAGAUCAGGACCUCCAGCCCACAGCACCUGAAUGUGCAGAAGCUAGAGGAGAUGUACAACAAAAUGGCUAAGACCCAGUCCCAGCCCAACCUCAACACCAAAGACCGAGGGUCAUCAUCAAAAGGCAGCAAGCAGAGGGAUGAGAUAGAGAUGGGCAGCAUGCCAGGAAACACCACGCGAGAGGGCACUGUGGACAUGAAAAGCCAGUCCAGCAUUGACAGCUACAUCAGUUGUGCUACUGACUUCCCAGAGAGCACUCGUUUUUCACACAGCCCAGUUGCUUGCCUUCCUGGGCGACUCAUGGCCAACCCCGGGCUGCAGACCACCCUGGAGCUGGAGCCCAUGCUGGUACCAAUAAGUGCUGGCAGGCCAGCUGGUCACGGCUCUGUCCAGGAAUUCAGCUCCAAUCCAGAGGGCUCCAGGCACGGGCUUUUCUCUGACAGUCCUCGGGGACUGCGCUUCAGUAACCCUCUCAAGGCACAUUCUUUUAAGGUCAACUUCCGGGGAGGAGAAGCAGGCACCUCCUCCUCUAUGCAAAUGGGAGCUGCCCCUCUCUCAGAAAGCUCUGCCUACUCGGAUCGCUCCCUGCUGAGUCCAGAGGUGUCCAUCUACAACACAGCCAGCAGCAAGACACCACCCAAAUCGCCCGAGAGCAUGAGCAUGACACCCGCAAUCUUCACAUUCCAUGACACGUCCAUAAACAAGUACAUUGACGCGGACACUGAUGACGAAGACCACUUGCAGGAUGGCUCGGACUCCAGCCCUUCAAAGCGGCUGCUGGACAACAUGAGUCCAAAGUUUAGCGUAAGCAGUGGAUUCCAACGAGGGACCAACCACCUGGAGAUGUCCCAGAGGAUGCUGGGCCAGAACUGCAUGUUCCCUCUGGAGGGUCGGGCUGGCAGUGGGCAGGAGAACCACGUGGCCCAGGGUCGGCGCGUGGCCCCGGGGGAGAGAGGCCGCACUAACACUUUUGAUGAAAGCCUCUGAACUAGUGGCAAGUGAACCAGAGAGGGAGACUAAAUCCAAUGAGGGAGGGGGUGCGAGCCAGUAAAGGUGGUUAAAAAUAAAAAAUACACCAUGAAAAACAUGCCAGGAGCAUUGCUGAGUGGCAUGAAAAACUUCAAACCAAGACGGAAAUGGCUCCGAAAAAAAUCUGCUGGCUCUUUGGAAAGAUAGGUGCUGCUGAAGGCCAUGCUCAGAUAGAUAAGAGCUUACAGGAGCUAAUGGAAGGAAACCACUUCUCCUCUUAAUGCCUCACCCACCAAAACCAGAGCGCUCAAGAAGAAGGAUUAUACAGCCUGGCGUGUGCUCUGCAGAGUAGCAGUGAGCCAGGUGGUGGGUGGGGACAGGAGGUGAGAGACAGGACCCGUGCAAGAGGGUAUGGUUUACCUAGCUGGGCCCAGAUGGUUAGCAAAAGCUGUGGUGCAGAAGGAGCAAAGAACAUACCUGUGCGUCCAGUGGAAAUGCAAAUGCUGCCCUGCCACAGCCCUUAUCCGCACCCGCACCCGCAUCCAGGACAGCUCUCCUGGCCUUCACCACUCUACCCAUCUCCAUCACAUACUGUAGAUUAGGGAUUACUGAACAUGCUAGGAGCAACAUGCUGUUUACUUCCCAGUGUUUUUUCCACCUCAAAACUGGCCUUAGGCAUAUGCAAAUAUGUUAAUGUGUACUGCAUGUAUGUGUGUAUGUGUGUGUGUACACUCUAAAUGCGUGCAUACAAGUAUAUACACGUACAUACUAUCUGAUAUGUGUACACUGACAUGGUUAAUUUUAUGGUUAACUGAACCAAUUUUUUUUUUCCAGUUAUUUCAUUGAUAUCAGUAUUUAUUUUGCUUAUCACACCCUCCAUGUGUACGGACAUAUCAGUUAAUGUUCUGCUUCAUUGUGGACAGUAGAGGCUCUGCAUAGUUACUGGGUAAAUACAGUCUCUCAAGUUCCUGGUGCGUAAAAUGUCCAGGAGUUCAACAUUGUUCUAGAGAGUCAAAAAUCUGUGCCUACAGAUGAUAUCUUUUUUAGUUAUUUCACUUUGAUUCAGACGAGAUGUAACCAGUGCUUUAAUUUGAAGAAUUUGAUUCUGAGAGCAGCCUCGCUGGUUUUUACAUUGGAAAUCUGGAACGCAAACAGGAGUUUCUCUUAUGUUUACUGUUUACUUGUCUCCUGUGAAAGCAUUGUCAAAUUAAAAAAAAAAAAUCAUAAGUUCAUCAGAGGGGGAAACAAAUCCUGUUUUCUGUCAUCAGAGUGUUCAGGGACUUGUUUUUGACCACGCUGAUACAGUGUAACAGUGCAUCUUUGCUCAUAUUAGGAGAAACUGUAGACUGAGGGGAAAAGAAAAAACUGAAAUUAAUAUUUUUGAAGUAGUUUCUAAUAAGGGUAUAAAAAUAUCCUCAUAGUUUUGCUUUUCCAUGUAUAAUUGUGUCUUUAAAGAUUACAUUUAUUUUGAAUGAUCCAUUUUGUCCCAACGUGCGUGUACAGAGCACACGCUUUCCGUCCUUUUUUUACAAUGUGAUGAGCCAAAGAGUUUUUUUUUCCAGCCAGUCUGUGUGUCUGUGUGUGUUGCUGGGAGGGAGGGGGAUCUCCCACGUGUCGCACACUCCGUACACACCACACUAGUUCGCAUUGCUUCCUUAGCCUGGGACCUGUGUGCUCAGCCCAUGUCUAAACUGCACACAAUUAAACAACCGCCCUAGGUGGACAAACGCAGGGACCGAUUGGAGGUGAAGGAUGCCUAGAGUGUUCGCAGAGAGCAAAAAUAAAAAGAGACCUGUGUGAGCGAGAAAGAGGGAUAGACAGGGCAGGAGAACUCCAAGAGAUUGGCGAUUUAUCGUGCAGCAGUGGAAUAAUUCAUAAGACCCUUGGAUGCCUGACAGGUUGUGGUUGGCAGUAAGGCGUUCCAGCUGUCUUUCCCAGCAUGCGUAAUCCAUGUGUACAUACACAUGUACACACACGUAUAGUACAUGUGUCCUCUGAGCUGGGUUGGGGUUAGGGGGAAGCCAUUAAACAAACACACACACACACACACACACACACACACACACACACACACACACACACACACACACACACACACACACAGCCUCAUCAUCAUACAUGUGAGGUGGAGAGGUUAAGGUUAGGUUUUUACCAAGAGGUUAAGGGGGUUUUUACCAAGACAGACAGUGUUUCAUGCCCAACUGGGUGUGGGUCACGUGGAAGGCUAUGACAUAUCCAUUCCAAUCAUACUGCCCACUGGACCAUCCCCAUGAUGCCUUCCACCUGAGUCGGAGACAUCAGUGCACCUCUGCGGAGCUCACCUGCAACCUUCAGCACAGAAUGAAAGCGUUGCCUGCUAAACACUUACCACAUGUGUCCUGCUGGGUCUGAACUGCCAUAGAAUAAGAUAUGUCUCCUGCGAUAGGCAGGGUACUGUAAAAAUGUCACUGUAAUGAGGGAAAAUUGCUACACCCUUUUAAACAGUCUAAAAAUCAAGUAAGGCAUGUAUGGGGUCACUUGAGUACAACCAGGUACUUCUCCCAGAAAACUGGUCACAGAAAUAUCAAUUAAAAAUGUGGUUUUAUCUUCCUGCAUUAAAAGCGUAAAAAGUUUUGAUCUAUCACGCGUGUAGCGGAUGACCAGAAAUUGGAUAUCUUGCAUUUUGUGCCAUACAACGUGAAUGAGGCCAACCCAAACACACAGGUACAGAAGACAGUGUAUCUGAGACCCACUAAAGCUAGUUUCCAUGGUGACUGCAGCCUCAUCCUUGGGAGGAUGAAACACUCGCUGUAAGGCCAGUCUAAUUGGACGAUUGUCUUGGGGGGGGCGGGGGUGGCGUUUGACAUUCCCAAACAUUUACCACCGCAAAGGCACAUGCAGACAGACACGGGCUCUCUCAGCAUCCCCACAUGUGCGCGGUGUACGCAGAGGCAGUGGAAAUGUCACACACACCGAGACACGUACAGGAACGUAUACAGACGCGGUGCGAAAGCGGGCUGUCUCCAGAGAGUAGCUCACACGGUCUCUGCGUGCUCGGAACGAGAGAAGCCGAGGUGUGAAGAGAAAAGCAAUCGCCGUAGGACCGAAGAGCAGGGGCCACCUGGGCGCCCGUCCUGGGUCCGUCAUCCGAGCUGCCUGGAUACCAUUAAACAGCGCAAAAUGAAGCAAGAUAAGCAGGGAUCUUCUCUCGCCAUCCCUUAGACAUAGAAAGGGACCUACGGCUGCAGCAGGGCUGAUGGAUGGGGGACUCAUUGACUUCCGGGUGAAAUAAUAAUACGAUAAUAACAAUGAGAUAGAGGAAGGACUCUAAAACCCCCAUCUCAAACCCUACCCCCCUUUAUCACUGUGCUCUGCCUCUUUUAUACUGAUAGAGCUUCUUUCUUCAUUAUUUACUACUACUUAAAGAAUAUUUAUAUAUUAGUUUCACAAAACAGAAAAUUGUACAAAUUGAUACUCCGCUGUAUUUUUUUUUAGAAAUUCAGUGAUGUCAUCCCUGUACGAAAUACUAUACCAACUCACAAACAAACACACCCCCCCACCCCCCCGGAAGGAAAUUACACACUUAUUUUCCUUUCUUUUCUUCUGUUCACCUCUUUUCUUCCGCACCUGGAUGCUGCUCUAGCAGUCAGCCCUUCAAUGAGCCGCGCUGUUUAUCUGGCACAAAAGUUUCUAAAUGUAAAAGGAUAACCGCACUGCAGCGAAUCAAUCAAUGGCCCUAAGAUAAGCCUUCGAACACGAACGAUAUUUAAAGCAUUUCCUCUUUCUUUGUUCCAAGCCUAACCUUGAAUGGUACAUGACGUUCCCUCAUAACGAGGAGGAGGGACAAUACUGAAAAUGACUAAUAUUACUGACGGUUGCCAUGCAGAACCCUGCAAUAACCGUGUGUGCACGUGUGAAUAUUCAUUUUGGGCUUUUUGUGAAACGUGCCAAUGGCAAAGAGGUUACGGACGGCUCUGCAAGCAUCUCCCGCUCUAAUGAUACAUCUCUGGGACUAUAAAUAGGCGUCUGGGCCAGCUUCAGGAAGCGCACACAGCUCCACUGAGAGAGGUUCAGUUACACCGGUGCCUUUGGUGGCUCCUGCUACGCUUUGUGAGAUCAGCCAUAGUGGGACGGUUGUGAGUGGAGUCGGGGGUUGGGGAUGGGGAUGAGGGGGUACAUAAUAAAUCACUGCAAGCAGAGGGUGAAGUAAAAGACAGGACCAAGAGAUGUGAUCACCGUGACUCCCCAAACCGUAAAGCUGAAAUGGACCUUUGCUUCGGUGCCCUUCAGUCUCAGCGCUGACUGAGGUUCGCGGAGGGUUAGGGUUCGGUGACGGAGACAUUCGAUCCCUUUGACUCCUGGGGUCCCGUGGUCAAUGCGACGGCCGCGUUUCGGAGCGAUCUCCAUUACACGGGCGAGUGCACCCGGCAGCGAGCGACCGCGCGGAGUCCGAGCACGUACGGUACAUUAGAGCAUCGUUUGUUUUUGGUUUGCAGCUUCGGCUGAAACAUAAAUUAGCUCGUUUGUACUUGGGCUCCAUUCAAAAGAGAACAAUUACUGUUAAAUUCACGCGGGUCUGAUGAGCUCGCUCUUCGAGUCACACCGCGCCUCAGAGGCCUGUCUUACAUUUUCAGUUAGGGACAGAAUUUGAUUGCACUUACAGAUAUUCAGUAGUUAAAUUAAGGGAACUUAUUUAAUCAACAACUAAUACAUGACCGUCCUCAUUACUUUAAGGGCCAUAACAAAGAACUUAAGUUAAUUUUAGGAUCCUUCCAAAGCUUUAUUAUCCAGGUUUCUCCUUCCCUUGUUUGUCAUUUCCUGUGCCAUCUUUUGUCAGAAUGCCAGGAAUUUAUUACACCUUCGCCGCUGCAUUUAGGAGAUCCCGGUGUCCUGAAAGGCGGCAAUUCAUUGUCAGUUAACCCAUCACAAGAACGACAAUCAUUUUUGUUUAUGUGUAUUUAAUGUCUGUGCGUUUUGGAACACUUGUUCCAUAGAGAUGGAUGGGAGGAGUCAAUAGAAGAUGCUCUAAAAUUAUAAUUGUAAUCUCUUACGGUGGAGAAUAAUUAUUCUGGUCCAUUGUUUUAUAUACAUAUAAUAGUUCUCAUUAUUCUCCACCGUAAGCUUAAAUCAUAGCAAAACAGCUCACUUAAAUAUUCUUAGGUACAGGUGUUUUUUAUGCAAGACACAAACUUAAGGCCAAUAGCUCCGAGGGCAACGCUCCCACCUUCUCCUGGAUCAUUCACGCGGUGCCCAUCAGGGCCGGUCGGAGUCGGACCACCGCGGGGGGCCGCGGCCCCGAAGAGCAAAAGGAGCUCCCAUCGACCCACAAGGAGUUCCUUCAAUCUACCGCAACUCUAAUGCUGCACACUUAAGCAAAGGACAGAGCAUGCCCUGCAAUUCAUAGCUUUACUGUUCUUUUGGACGGAGUUCCUCAAAUAUAUUUGAAGAAGAUAUUUUAUUUUUCAGUCCUCGCAGAAAGUGCGAGGAAACGAGACGGACUGUAAGGACGGCUGUGCAAGAGCGGAGUGUGUCCUACAUGGAGACUGCAGCAAUGGGGCGGUGGAACAGGCCCAGAGGACCCUCUGAGGUGGCUCGGGGUUCGGAGACGUCCGGUUCAGUGCGACACCACUGUCCCACCUCCCUCAAGCAUGGCUCCGCCGUGUCCACCGAGACAAUAACCGCUCACGCUCGUCCGAGGCCGGUUCAAGGAAUGCAUUUUUUUCCUGAACGAACAGUGUAUGUAGCAGCACUGCUGCACAUGAUUUCACCAAACCGCAUUUUUAAAUUCAUUCCAUUGUUCAUUUCUGCUGCUGUUUGUUCGUUCAUAUGGGCAUUUUGUUUCAGAGCACUUUAUAUCAGCUGGCUGUCUCUUACUUUAAGUGAAGAACCGCAGUUCGCCAUAAACGAUCUUCAUUAAUUAGUACAAGGAUCUUUACAAUGAGUUUUGUUUUCAAAGUGUUUGUAAAGGUCGGAAAAGGGUUUAUUAUGUUUCCAACGGAAAGCACAAUCCAGUGACUUGUUUAAUUUGGUCUGUUAGAAUUUUUUUCAAGUACAAAACUAUUUUUUAAUAAAACGGUGAUGUCAGGUGCCAUUGAAAUUAGCAUGAAAGAUAUGAAAAUCACAGCAAAGACACACACCCCUAUAUCCAGGGAAUUUAACGAGGAAUUUGCUUCCCCCUGACCUCCUAUGACGUUGUUUGUAGGUCUCGAGGCUGUGUGUUUUGUAAAGUUUCUACCUGUUGACUUUCUAUGUCGUCGUUUCUGUAUGACCUUCUGUUGUUCUCAGCAUGUAGUACUAAGGAGCUGUGACUCUAUGUGACACUCGAACCUUGUUCCUGUCUUGUAAAAAAAAAAAAAAAGGUGUCUAGCUGUCAGAGGAUCUUUGUAUUUCUUUUUAAAGAAA